UCUAUUUAUAUGUGUGCAAUUAAGAAGUAAAAUUUGAGAUUCUUAUCAAAUUAUUGUUAUUAUUAAAUUUGUUUUUGUUUUUCUAUAAAUCUGUGUUUUUGUUUGCUCUAAAGACAAGUCAUAAAUUUAUUACUUUUCGUUUAAUUGUAUAUCCAGCCCAAAUUCGUGAGUACCUACAUAAAAAAUAAAAUUAAUAAAUUGUUAUCAAAAGCCAUCACAGAAAAGAUAACAUGUCUUACAAAGUUGAACCACUACCAGAUUCCUUUGCUGGACUUGGUGAAGGACCUCAUUGGGAUGUUGCAACACAAAGCUUGUAUAUGGUCGAUCUUCCAAAUGGAAAGAUUAUGCGUUAUGACUUCAAUGAGAAUAAGAUGUACAGGUGUCAAAUCGAAAAUGAACAAUUUGCUUCAUUCAUUAUCCCAGUCGAGGGACACCCAGAUAAGUUUGCUGUUGGAACAGAACGUCGCAUUGUAAUUGUAAAAUGGGAUGGACUUUCCGCAACUUGCAAAGUAGAAAAAACUAUUCUCACUGUUGAGCAGUCGGAUAAACACGAUAAUAACCGGUUCAAUGAUGCUAAAUGUGAUCCUCGUGGUCGUCUUUUUGGCGGUACAAUGCAUAAAACCGCAUAUUCCUCGCGUACUGGAAAUUUCUAUAGACUACUGAAGACUGAUGCACAUGAGCUUCUAAAGACCGACGUUGGAAUUUCCAAUGGUUUGGCUUGGAAUGAAAAAGCAAAGAAAUUCUAUUACAUUGAUUCUGAAGAUUUUGAAGUUAAGGAGUACGAUUAUGAUGUUAAUACUGGUGAAAUAAAAAAUCCAAAAGUAUUAUUAGAUCUCCAUAAUAUGCGUGGUGAUGGAAUAAAUCUAAUACCUGAUGGCAUGACAAUUGACUCAGAAGGUUCUCUCUAUGUUGCCACUUUCAAUGGUUCAGCUGUAUUCAAAAUUGACCCAAAUAAUGGAAAAAUUUUAAUGGAAAUCAAACUGCCCUGUGAACAAAUAACUUCUGCAGCAUUUGGGGGACCAAAUUUGGAUAUUUUGUAUGUUACAACAGCUGCCGCAAAUGAAAAGCCAUUGCCAAAUGGAACAACUUACAAAAUCACUGGGUUAGGGGUUAAGGGUCUACCAAUGACAAAGCUGAAACUUGAAGACUAAAAUACAUAAAGCAAGUGUUGAGUCUUCCUAACGUUACACAAUAAAUUAUUUUAUAAAAACUAUAGAA